UUUUUGAACGAACUCUAUCUCUCUCUCUGCCUGCUUUCCCCACCUGCGAUGGCUCGCACGAAGAAAACGGUGGCGGCGAAGGAGAAGCGCCCCCCUUGCUCCAAGUCGGAGCCGCAGUCGCAGCCGAAGAAGAAGGAGAAGCGGGCGUACCGGUUCCGGCCGGGCACGGUGGCGCUGCGGGAGAUCCGGAAGUACCGCAAGUCCACCAAUAUGCUCAUCCCCUUUGCGCCCUUCGUCCGCCUGGUCAGGGACAUCGCCGACAACUUGACGCCAUUGUCGAACAAGAAGGAGAGCAAGCCGACGCCAUGGACUCCUCUCGCGCUCCUCUCGUUGCAAGAGUCUGCAGAGUAUCACUUGGUCGAUCUAUUUGGAAAGGCAAAUCUGUGUGCCAUUCAUUCGCACCGUGUUACCAUCAUGCUAAAGGACAUGCAGCUUGCGAGGCGUAUCGGGACGAGAAGCCUUUGGUGAUACUAAUGGAGGAUGUUUUAGGCAUCGUAGGGAGCAAACACUGGUGAUGCUAAUGGUAGAUGUUUUUUGUAUGAGUGCAAUGCGAAGGAGCUGAUGGUAGUGAUCCAAUAUGUUUGUGAGUGUAUCAUUAGGAAGUAAUGUAGGUGUGUUUUCAUCUAGGUAGCAUGUCUUCGAAGUUGAUCCGGUUGGUUGCAUGGCUGGGAUCAUCUGACUUGUCGGCUUUUGCUCCAUUUGAAUUGAUCUAAUUCGGACAGAGUUUCUGCAAAUGAUCCAAUAAUAUGGGUUGUCAAAUGGCUUGAAA